AUGUCUCUACCGCCACUUCCUCAACUGGUAUCCAAUUGGCUAUUCAAUGUUAUACAGCCACUGUACCUUUACAAGCAAUUAGUUUAUGCCCAUGUGUACCAAUUCUUACAACAACACCUCAAGAAAAACUUGAAUUUUAGAAUACGGACUCAAGUCCACACAUCAGAAGAAACAGGACAAUCGGAGUUGUUGAUAAACUUAUUCGGGACAAUUGUAAUUAAUGAGCAUAUUGGUGUCCCCAUUGAAAUAUGGCUUCCAUUCUCCUAUCCCUUUUCGGAUUACGAUAGAAAAGGAGCCCCGUUGGUGUAUAUUACACCUGACCACAGUAAAAGUUGGUACUUGAGACCAACCAACAAUGUCGACCCACAAGGGAAAUUCUACCAUCCGUAUCUUUCAAAUUGGUAUCGCGACUGUGUUGAAAGUAGUGGCGACAUUUCAGACUAUUACAAUUUGAUCCAGUUGAUAAAUGUCAUUUACCAAAGUGUGAAACAGGAAGUUCCUAUUGUUUUAGAGGCACCAGUAACGACUAAUGCGCCUCCAAAACCAGCUAAGAUCACUACAGAGUCACCUUUAAGGCCACAGAAUACGUCGCAUCAAUCUUCACCUACUAGGUCAGCAGUGGUAUCUCCUCAAAGCACGGGACAACCACCUCUCCCUGCAAAGCCGCCAAAAAUUGUAUCACCACAACAUACACUGAGCAAUGGGGUACCGGAAAAGUAUCAGCGGCCCUUACCAUUACCUCAGGAGUCACACAGCCCUGUAUUUUCUAAUCCAAGUAUUGAUUCAGUCGCACCACAACACACCCAAUCGGAUAUCAACCAAUCGCCCCACUCGUCUAGACUACAUCAAGAUAUGACUCCGAGCCGAACCGGAAUUGUAAGUCCGCCAACUAAGCAAGCACAACUUGAACCGGUAGACUUAGUAGAUAGUAUUGCCCAACUAUCUGUGGUUGAUCUUGAACGAAAAGUAGCACUCGAAAAGCUAUCACAGGAGUUCAACAAUUACUUUGCCCAGGAUCCAAUUCAUCUUCAUACAAGUUACGCCAAUGAAAACAUCCAAAAGGCUAAUGCGUUGUACACCCAACUUAGUCGUCACAAUCAGCAAGCAUUAGAAAAUUCGAAAAACUUAGACGAACAUAUAAACCAUAUUUCGACUCAAUUGUCAAAUUUGACAAACUUGAACCAAGAGUUGGCUACACUACACGAACUCAACAAUCAAUCACACGAAAAAGUCAUUCUCAACAAUACAUUCCAACUACCCUUGGAUGAGUUAAUUAUUCCUGACCUGCCUCUAGUCAAACAAUUGUAUGAGGUAGUACUGGAGAUCAAGGCCGUCAAGGAUACGAUAAAUUUAAUUUCGGGCAAUUUCCAUGGUUGUAAAGAGUUAGUCAAUGACAAGAAUUUGGAUGUUUGUGUCAAGAGUUUAAGAAACUUGGGUCGAGAGUUGUUCUGGUUGGAGUUGACCAAGAAUGAAAUAGCAACCAACAUAAUGAAUUUGCAGUGA